GGCGCAGCCGCUGCAGGCUACGUGUACGUAGACGACAUGGAACCAAUUGCUGUGCUUAAGCGGAUAGUUUGGGCGGGCCGUCCACUGCGAACCGCUCGCACUGAACGUGUUCGCGACAGCUAUGCGCGCGAACAAUCUGGUCCGUGAUGAGACCGGACUCUCCAAGCCAUGUGGGUACCAUCGUGCCCGCUUAUGUUUCGUUAGCAACAGACGUAUCAGCUGUCCCGGUCGUGUUAUCCUGCACAGUACUGGCCGAAGCGAUCUGCAGUCUUUGCUUGCUUAUGUGACGAGAUGUGAUAAACAAGGAGCGCCUGCUUGGGUUGGCAAGGCUGAAGCAGCCAUGCACAGCAGCGUCAUAUGCUUUUGUGACGGACCAACGCCUCCUCCAGCCUUGCCCGACGCUCAUAUGACUGAGAUACAGGAUGCUCCUAUAGAUUCACUACAUACCACGUUCUUGUGGCGCGCCCAUCCAUGUCUCGUAUCAUAGGGUGUUCUGGCGAGCGAUAUCAAUAUGCCGCCUCGAGCGCCGACGCUUGAAUCCGGCCGUGGUCAAGAGUCAACAGGAGGGAGAACGAUGCUUAAUGAGUUGGCCGCCGUCUUCAUCCAACGGCGCAUACGCGUAAGUACAAUUGAUCUCAGAUCCUAACCGCUGUGAACCGAUUG